UUUUAAAACACUUCUCCGUCUGAUAAAAUGAAGGGGAAGAUAGCAGAUGAAGUCCUGCGACCUCCCACCUCCCAAACAAAAGCCCAGAAGCGACCCGCGAGAGCCAAACCCAUCGCCGCCGCUACCAGUGCAAAGAAGCUUUGCAAAGAGCCAAACAAUGCAAUGCCGACAGCAUCACCACUACCUCCCCCACAACAACCAAAUCUCGCCGGGCCCCCCUUCUCCCCUUUGCCGGAGGAGAUCAGCCUCAUCUUUGAUGGUGCUUUGGAGCUCGACGGAUGGUCUUGGGGCGCAGUUGACGAGGAGAAGCUUUUGGGUUGGUUCCCCUUUGUAGAAGAAGACUUCUCGAGUUUUUGCUCGGAGAGUCGAGGAUCUUCAGGCUUCUUCUGGGAGGAUUACCAUGAUAUAUGGCAUCUCAAGCACAUCCAUGAGAUCCCCAAUUCGGCAAAUAGAUGAAGUAAUCCCGAUUGAAUGAUACAUUUCGGUGGAGAAUUUGGGAGAAGCAGGGAGUAGAAAUGGUGGGUUAGUGUUUUGUCGGCAAUUAAUUUUUUUUUUAAUCUUUAUAAAGAGUAGUUUGUAUUUCUUCAUGGAAAGAAUCGAAUUUAGCAAUGUGAUUCUUCUUGAAGUGGAAAUUUCUGUUGUAUGAAUAUUUGCAAU